UCGUUGUCAUCGUCACAAACGUCAAAGUGUUGUGUGUUUUGCUCUGUUUUUGCCCCUUCCUCUUUACUGUAGACUUGAUUACAAAAAAGUACUAAACCAACGGAUCCGCAGGCAGCGUUUAUCAUACAGCUGAUGAAAAAUUUAAAAUAAAUGUAAUAUAAUUUAUCUUCUACCUAAUGCAGCAUUGUUAAUCCUUCGACCUUUUCAAAAGUGCUAGACCUCAUCUUUUGUAUUGAAUUCAUUUCCCUAAUUUCGUGCAUAAUAUCCAUGUUGGGGAGGGGUUAUAAUUAAUACCAAUAUUUGACCGUGGUUACGCCUGAUAUCCCGAAAGAAGAACAUAGGCUGUGAAGUUUGCAAUGCCUCGUAGCAAACGUAGGUCAGCAGAAAUGAGUUCAAACGAUGAGGAUAGGUAUAGUUCAAAGAGAGUACGAAGCCAGAACAGCAUCACAUUAUUUGCAGACGCCACAACGUUGCUGUGGCAGGAAAAAGAUCCUACAAAACUAGCUGAAGAUGCCACUGUGGACAUGGAAAAAAUUAAGAGCUGGUGCGAAUCAAAUAAGCUUUCUUCAAACUUUGAUAAAACCCAUUUCCCCACCUCACCUUCAAAUGACUUCACAUUUCCCCCCCUCUCUCUCUCUCUCUCCAUCUCCCUCUCUCCCUUUCCCCCUCUCCCUCUCUCCCUCUCCCUCUCCCUCUCUUCUCUCUCUCUCUCUCUCUCUCUCUCUCGGUNCAUGUUAGUAUUAGCGUAUAAAAUGCAAGCCCGGCGGAUGGGUUAUUUCACAAAAGAGGAAUGGCUCAAGGGACUCCAAGAGCUGCACUGCGAUUCCGUUCAAAAAUUGCAAUGCCGUUUAGAAAGCCUGAAGUGUUAUUUGAACGAUCAAACCGUUUUCAAAGCUAUUUAUAGAUAUGCGUACGAUUUUGCUAGGGAUAAAGACCAAAGAAGUAUGGACAUAGAAACGGCGUUGGCGAUGCUUCAACUUCUAUUAGGAAGAACCUGGCCCCUACACGCCCAGUUUAGUCAGUUUCUCAAUCGGUCUAAAUACAAAGUGAUAAACAAAGAUCAGUGGUGUAAUAUUUUGGAGUUUUCGAGGACGAUAUAUAACGAUUUAUCUAAUUACGAUGUAGACGGAGCGUGGCCCGUAAUGCUAGACGAAUUCGUCGAGUGGAUGAGAAUGACGCGAGCCAAUAGCGACAUAAGCUGAGAUUCACUAGGACCAACUACAACUCACCCUGUAAAUUUUAAUUUUCGUGAAGGUAGGGCGUAAACGCCGCAUUUUCACAAAAAAUAAAUAAUUUUUAAAAGUCACACCAACCGGUAUGGACGUAAGUCCGCUCCUACUUUGUUAUUGGCGGUGUGGAAUGGAUGCAAAUCGGGGAAAAAUUCCGAGUAUACUUUUUUGAAGGACCAUAUCUGUUGCUAGAUUACAAGUAACUGAUUUCCGUUCAUCGUACAUCGCUACAUCCGGAUUCAACUAAGCUUUAAUUUCAUCAAUUCUAUUACAGUAACUUCGGAGGAUGCUCCUGCCAUACAAACAAUAAAUGUUAUGAAAAAAUA